AUGCCGCUCGUCGCCGGCCAUCGUCCGGCUGCUUCCACUGCUGAUGCCGCCACGCCACCGCUGCUUGCUGAUGGUCCGCCGCUGGACGCGCGCGUCCUGCCGCAGCGGCUCCACCCGACCGCGCCCUCGCCCCGCCGCCUCCCGCUUUGCCCGGCACCUUCCCACCAGGCCCGCAGGCGCGUGGCCGCGCGCGCCCGCGUCGCUGGUAGCCCCCCUGCCGGCUGCUGCGCACCCCCUCCCUGCCUUCGCCGGCCCCCUGCGGCUGCUCCUGCCUGCCGCCUCCUGCUGCACAAGGCCGCCGGCGCCCUCCGCGCGAGCGUGCAGCCCAACCACAGAGAUCGUUUGACUCUCUGGAUAUGA